GGCAUGUUUGAAGAAUAAACAGUUCGAAAUAUGAUAAAAAAACAAUGUAGUUUUUCGACCCAUUUUCGCUUCGCGGCUUGGGUAAAGAAAUUUUUUGGACUCGAGCUGUAAAAUUUCCCCAUUCCCCGAAACCUGGUGAAGUUUUUAACUUUUCACGUGACAUAUGACAAUUCUGCAAGAUCUGGCGAGAAUGGCAAGAAUGGUAUAAAACAGCCAUUCUCGCCCCACUGCUCUUCUCCAUAACUUUUCACAAUGUCAAUUCCAAAGCCAGACAACGGAACACUCAGACUCGGAUCCAUUGCUCCAGACUUCACGGCCGACACCUCUAACGGCCCAAUUUCGUUCCACGAGUACAUUGGCGACUCUUGGGCUGUUCUGUUCUCUCACCCAGACGACUUCACCCCAGUCUGCACCACCGAGCUUGGUGCUUUUGCCAAAUUGGAGCCAGAGUUCGCCAAGAGAGGUGUGAAGCUCAUUGGUCUGUCUGCUAACGGUACCGACUCUCACAAGGCCUGGAUCAAGGACAUUGAUGAGGUGACCGGCUCCAAGCUUACUUUCCCAAUCAUUGCCGACCCUAAAAGAGAGGUCGCUUUGAAGUACGACAUGAUCGACUACCAAGAUGCAACUAAUGUCGACGACAAGGGUGUCCAACUCACCAUCAGAUCUGUCUUCAUUAUCGACCCAAAGAAGACCAUCAGAUUGAUCCUGACCUACCCAGCUUCUACUGGUAGAAACACUGCUGAGGUUCUGAGAGUCAUCGACUCUCUGCAAACCGGUGACAAGUACAGAGUCACCACUCCUAUUAACUGGGUUCCAGGUGACGAUGUCAUUGUCCACCCAAGCGUCUCCAACGAGGAGGCCAAGACCUUGUUCCCUAAAUUCAGAACUAUCAAACCAUACUUGAGAUUGACCCCUUUGGACGUGUCUAAAUAAGUAUUUAGUAAUGAUGCUUUGAUUUAAUGAUAUUUCUACUUUAUUUACAAUCCC